UGCAGCUGCUUGUCAACAAGAUGGCCUUCCUCUUCUCGCCGUUUUGACACUGAUUAUUUUGGUAUCCCCGAGAACAUACCGUAAAAGCUUGUGUCACUUCUAAAUAGAUAGUGGGAGAGCGAUUGUGAAGUGUCCUAACAAGGCGCACAGUCAGCUAGACAGUGUUCAGAGAACUGACAGAUACACAAUCCGCGAUAACGGCCACCACUAGACAAGGUUGAUGUUAGAAAGUAGCUCUAGGCUAAUGUCGACGUUAGCCAGCUAGCGAGCUAGCUUAGCUACGUGGACUCGGAUAGUCAACUCGUGUCACCUGCAUUUAGCCAAACAGACUGGUUUGGUGAGAAGAAAAUACAGCGAAGAAAUAUUUGUCAUCGUUAGUCUUCAAAUCAAGUGAAUUGUCCGUGGAGGCUAACAACGCUAAGGUUGUAUGUCCAGUGCUGGUGGUGAACUUUGUGCUGAUGCCCAUCUCGUAGGCACUGGAACAAGGAACUGACAAUGAGAGCUGUUGCUGUUUGCUGGCCAGCAUAGAUGCAGAUAUGCCACGGUGGUCCCCAUCCUGAUGGACCGAGACACCUUCUCCCACAUCCGGCUGUGGUGCCCACGCCCCUUUGGCACUUACUCCCAGAACAAAGCCAGAAGUCCAGGCUCAGGGGGCAGCAGUGGAGGGGGCAGCGGGGCAGGGUCCCCCUCACUCUGCAAGCCUGAGCCCUCUCAAGGUGCCAGAAGGACGACGGAUGAAAAUCAAGAUGUAGGGAUGAUAGUUGGGGUGAAGGAGGGAAGUAGAGAAGAGGAGGAUGUUGGCUCAGAGAACACUCCACCUGAACCUGAGCUUGAAUCCAGCUCCCUGACACAGAGUCAGACCCCUCAACCUCCUUCAGCUCCUCCCUCACCACCCACCUCAGGGUCCCAAAUGGAAGAUGGACGUGUGCUGUUGGAUACCUGGUAUGUUAUAAAGCCAGGUAACACCAAGGAGAAGAUUGCCUUCUUUGUUGCGCACCAGUUCAGUGGAGCUGGCCAGCCCAGACCGAGUGCCAUGAAGGUUAAAGGUAACUGGGCAACUGACUGCAGUAAAGCCAAAAGACGAAGACGGUGCUCAUCCUAUGACCCUCCAACACGCUCCCACUCUCUCAGUCAUGAAACUUCCCUUGCAUCAUCCCUUUGCCCUGAUGAGCCACAGCUAAGAGGUGUGAAUGAAACUGACUUGCUUUCUGUGGCAGAGAUGGUUGCUUUGGUUGAGCAGAGGACUGCCAUGGCACUCCAGGGGAUUGUGGCUGUUCAUGGAAACAAUCACCAACCCACUCCUACCACUCACAGCCAGGGCCUUACCCCCAACCAGCACACUAUACUCCGGGGCACGGUGUCAGACCCUUCUCCUAUGGUGUUUGUGUCAAACACCUCAAAUGGUCAGCCCUCCAGAGAAGCCGAGAAGCCAUCAUCUCCCAUCCAGACGGACCAGGAGCUCGAGGAGCAGCAAGAGUCAUGCAGGGUAGCACAGGCCAUUGCUCACUUUGAAUCCCAAAACCUUGAGAAUCGGCUACAUCUGGGUCCUAGCCCUGCAAUCCAGGCUUCUAAUCAAGACAGAGAUGGGGAGCAGAGGAGAGGAAGAGAGUCUGGCACUGUAACACCACCUCCACCACCCAGCCACAGUCACGGAGAGGUCAGGAUAGCUUUCAGAGUAUCAAAUCUGGACUCACGUUCUCAGCUGGAACCAGCUGGCCGGUCUCGCUGUAUGUUUAUGAGCUGUGGUGGUGGAGGUAAUCAAGCAGCUGCCAGGGCCAAAGAGAAAAUCACCUGUGACCUAUACCAGCUUGUAAGUCCCUCUUCAAGAGACCCCAGCAGUCUGCUGCUUGCCACCACAACUGCUACACCCAAACCAGAUGGAGACCUCCAUCACUCAGACAGGCAGGCCUGUGGCAGCCCAGACCCAACCCAGGAGCUCUCCUCUGGGGAGAAGAAAGCUGCCGGUGUGGGAAGGGAGCGGGUGACGGGUUUCCAUGUGGAGGUGGUGGUGACUGGUGCUGUGGACCAAUGUGUUUUUUAUGGUAAGGACAGCACGGAGAAUGUGCAGGAGGAGACAGUGUGUUUUGCUAUGCCUAGUGGGGGAGGAAGUGGUGGAGGUGUUGGAAGUUCAACAGACCCUUCAUCGGAUGACCCCCCUCCUGGACAGCUGUUUUUCCUUCAGCCUGCUCGAGGACCAGAGGAGGAUGUAAAAGCAAAGACCACUGGCAGUGGGUCAGGAAUGUGCUCUUUGGACUGCGCCAACAACAACAGUCCUGGGGCAGGGGUGGCAGUCGGCUCAGGGGAGUGGGCAACACAACCAGACUCUCCCAGUGUCGGAGAAGACUGCUCAGACCCUUCACUGUGUCGCCUCUACCGCCACGUGUCCCACGACUUCCUGGAAAUCCGCUUUCAGAUUCAGCGACUUCUUGAACCGCGACAGUAUAUGCUACUGCUCCCUGACCACAUCAUGGUCAACAUUUUCAGCUACCUGCCAACGCGCUCCUUGGCAGCUCUUAAGUGCACCUGUCACUACUUCAAGGCGCUGAUUGAGACCUACGGGGUGCGUGCAGUGGAUUCACGCUGGAAUCAAGACCCACUCUAUAGGGAUGACCCCUGCAAGCAGUGUAAGCGACAGUAUGAGCGCGGGGAUGUUUCAUUGUGCCGCUGGCACCCAAAACCUUACCACCAUGACCUGCCUUAUGGACGUUCCUACUGGAUGUGCUGUCGGCGUACUGACAAGGACACGCCAGGCUGCCGUGUUGGGCUCCAUGAUAAUAACUGGGUCCAGCAGCCUGCUGAUGGCUCUCAGCCCAUCCGCACCAAGAGGGAAGACAGAAGGGAGGAGGCCAGGUAGAGCGGAGCAAGUACACCUCCCACUCAUCUCAUACUGUGUACCUCCUCCUUUCUUUCUUUUGCCUCUGGUCAGAGGACAGGGAAAUGGAGAAGAAUACAAGGAGAAAUCGGCACUCCAGGAUUACUUUUUAUUGGCUCCAAUCCUUUCUCAUACUCUCACUCAGCAGAGGGAGUUUGAGAGCUAAUGAAUGAGAGAAAUGUGUCACACUCCUUGCCUUUUUUCUUCUUUUUUUUGUGUUUUUUUUUUUCCAAGCCCUCCAGAAUCCCUCUCCCUCCUGCUGUGCUCCAGAGUGGCUACUUUAAAAAGUUUGCUUACCAGGGUUGGGGUCCUCUCCUGCUGCUGUUCAGUCCUUUUUCUGCCUUGUAAUCAUUGGGGAUCAGUUUUAUUACACUCAUGGAUGUUGGUAAUUCAUGUGAAAACACUGCAGUGUAUUUGAUUUGGGAUUAGCAUUCAUAAAGUGACACUUAGAAAUGUAACUCCCCAGAACCUGCUUCCUGCUCCCAACACUUGUUCUGCAUUUCACAAACAUCCACGUUAGCUGUGCAGUGGUGCUUUGAGGAAUGAGCUGUAUCGAGUCCAACAGAUGUAAAACUUUCAGUGGUGGAAUGUUCAGAAAUGUGAUUGUAAAAGCAACUUUAUUUUUCUGUUCUGUUGUACAGUGUCAUUUGUACCUGUCCUGCACCAAGCGUUUCUACUUUUCUGAAUGUGCUGUGAUGUUGUAUUACGUUGAUCAGUCCCCUGAUGAUGCUGCUGAACUCAUAGCUUGUGUCACUGAUGUUAAUUCUGAAACAGCCAUACCUUUGGUUAAUGACAGGCCCAGUCUUACUGAGACGCUUGUCAUAGUUUCAGAGCGGACCCUAACCUUGCUGACCAGCCAUAAAGAGGAGCCACUGAGUAGUUUCUGGUUUACAGAGAAUAUUGGGAGUUGGACUUGAAUGGGAUUAAAAAGAGAAACUUGAUGUCACUUUGGAAAGGCCUGAUGUCACUUUGUAUGGUUUGAUUGAUUUAGGUUUUUUUUUUUGUUUUGUUUUUUUUUUUGCUUGUUUUGCCAAUUUUCUUUCUUUUGUUUGGUUGAUUUUAUUGGGUUGUGUGUCAGAAUGUUUGCUGUUGUAUUUGCUUUUAUUGAUGAGGACUGUGUUCUCUGUGUAUCGGUCUGUCACCCUACUGAACCCGCAAAGAUGUUUUUUUUUUUUUUUUUUAAAUAGUCCAUCUUUGUUUUAGCCCCCCAGCUCUCUUCCUUCCCUCCACCCCACAGUCCUCCGAUUCAGUCGAGGGCAGUGUUCGCAAAGCCGUCAUUCAUGAUUUGAAAACAAGUGAAACCAUCUAUUAUAGUCAGCAGAAACUCUCUAUACACCAGCUUCCAGCCUUAAAAGCCCCCCUACCUCUUACCCACCCUGCAGGAGACAAAUGCGUCAGAUACCUCACAGAUGACCAAGAGUAUUGGGAGUUGCACAGGACCUACGUGGCUAAGUACAGAUGCUUGACACACUCACCCAAAACUGUUGGAAUGCAAGAUGAAGAGUGCCUGGUGACGGCUCUGACUUUUCAUUCAAAAUGAAACCCUUUCUAAUUUCUCCUCCCCCCUCUCUCUCUCCCUUGCUUUUACACUUCCAGACCCCUGCAAUCUGACAGACUGGAUACUGAGAAACUGAUGUAAUGAAUGAUGCUGAAACUGUGCAUGGACAUUGGGAAGAUGGUUGGGUAGACAUGGGAGACCUCUGUAGGUUGCAGAUGUAUACAGUGCUAAUGGGAAAUAUCUGCUUAAAUAAAAACAGAAGUGAUGAUUAAAACUGGAAAUUUCAAUCA